GAGUCUCCUCCUCCGGCUCCCUCCUCCUCUCCUCUCCAUAUCCUUUUCCAGCCCGGCUCUGCUGACGUGUCUGCUCUGGCCCCCGCGCCCGCCCCCGGCUCCCUGCGCUCCUGCCAGCCAGCCAGCCAGCCAGCCAGGCCGGCAGCCUCGCUCCCCAAACAUGGCUGCGGCGCGGCGGCAGCGGCGCCUCCCGCUGGCGCUCGCGCUCCUCGCCCUGCUGCUGGGCGCCCAGGCGCAGCCGGACCGCCGCUUCGCCGAGUACAAGCGAUGCGCCGACCCCGAAUGCAGCAUGCUAAUGUGUCGAGGGAAGGCAGUGAAGGAUUUUAAAGGUCCCGAUUGUCGUUUUGUAGAUUUUAAAGAAGGAGAAUCAGUGUAUGUGUAUUUUAAAUUAACAGGAAGAACAAAUGAUCUUUGGGCUGGAAGUGUUGGAAAUGAAUUUGGAUAUUUUCCAAAGGACUUACUUGAAGUAAAACAUAUUUAUACUCACGAUGAGCUAGAAUUGCCAACAGAUGAAACAGAUUUUGUAUGCAUUGAUGGAGGCAAGGAUGAUUUUGACAAUUAUAAUGCAGAUGAGCUUUUAAAAGGAACAGAGAAUAUGGUGACUAACCGUGCUGAAGCGGACUUCGGAACUGAAAAGGAAGAGGAGAUUGAAGGGGCUGAACCUACAGACUCCACUGAUCCAGAGAGUGAGGAAUUUGGAGAAGGAUCAGAAGAAGAAAAUGAAGAUCAUGCCAAAAUGGAUAAAAAAGAUAAUUUUAUUUUUGAAAAGCAUGAGAAUGUAGAAGGAGCUCUUGAGUCCAAGAGUGAGGACCUUGUAAAUAGUGAUACAGAUUAUCCUCAGGGAGACCAAAUUUCACAUCAGCCUUCAGAAGAAAUACUGCCGGAAACAUUAAAAGUGCCAAAACAUGAAAAUACCAAAAACUCUAGUGUAUCUCAGGGCGAAGCAAAACAAUCAGAUUAUGGAGGCAAAGAUGAUGGGGCUUACACACUUCUUCCCCAGGAAGUAUCAGAGGACUUGAAAACAAAAUUUGGCUCAACUGCAGAUGCCUUUGUGUCUGAUGAUGAGACAACCAGUCUUGUUACAUCACUUGAUGGAGAUUUCAGGGAAGAUACUGAGACUGACUCUUAUGACACAGAAAAGCUGGAAGAUGCAAAGGAGCGGUCAGUAGAAAUUCCUUUGCUGGCUUUUACAAAAGAAGAGAUGGAAUCUUCAAAAGACCUAGAAGCGGAGAACAUUUCAUCUGAUGGUGCAUUUCAGUCAGAAACAGGUGGUUUUGAUGAGGAGGAGGGUGUUGCCAAAUUCACUCAUGAGGAGAAAGAUGACUCUGACUUGUUCACACAUUUAGGGGAUAAGCUUUAUGCAAUUGUCAGUGGAGGUGAACAAACUGUUGAUGAAAUUGAUAGAGACACAGUUGAGGAGGAGGAGGAGGAGGAGGAUCUGACCCUAAUUAGCCAAAAGGAAAGUGAAGAAGAUGUUUCAGAUUAUUCAGAGUCUGCAUCAGAAGAUGAACCAGUUACAUCAGAACAUGACUUUACUGCAAAGAAGAUGCAUGAUGCAGAUUCUGAGGACCCUAAGGGGGGAAAAUAUAACAAUCAAGACUAUGAGGAAGAGCAUGCACAAACUGAGGAGCAACUGACUGCCAAAGAAGAACUGCAAAGCUCUUCAGCAUUUUCUAGUUACAGAGAUAGCCUGCAACCCAAAACACCCAUGGGGACAAAGGAAGAAACUUUGAAGCCACCCCAAAAUGACAUCAAAGAUGACCCAGAAGAGCUCUCUUUUCAUCCAAUAAAACAAAAUAAGGAAAGUAGAGAAGAGAAAAAUGUGGAAGAUGCAUUGGAAAAUGAUACAAAAUAUACAACAUUAUGGGAAAAAAUAGGCAAAAAAGAUGGUGAGGAUAAACAGCCAAUGGACAUGGUAUCAAAUUUGCUUGAAGAAUUGGCAAAUGAAUCGCAAAAUGAUUUGGAUGAUGCUGAUCUCCUGGGAGGCAAAACAAAGCAAGAUGGAGAAGAUUUUGAACUAAAAAAGAGACUCGUUAUUAAGAAGCAGUCAAAUGAUUCUGAGAUGGAAAACAUUCCCACUAAGAAAGAUAAUGAAAUGCCUAUUGAACAGUCUCAGGAAGAAACUUCAAUCCAGGAUUUCAAAGAGGAGAAAAUAGAAGAUGAGGACAAGGACUUUACAAAUAGCAAGAAGCAACAAAAAAAAUCUUUUCUAGAAAAAUCUGGGAGUGCUACACAACACAGAAACCUGACUCAGCAAAGCAUUUUUAACAAUGAAGCUGAACAAUUGGGCAAAUUUACUGGAAUUGAUAAAGAUAGAAAGAAAUUAUCCACUGAAGAACUGCAGCCUACAGAGAAAGAAACUAGAGAAGAUUAUUUCCUAGAAGAACCAGAAGAGUUGCUGCAAGAUGAAAAUGCUAUGAGUGCAAAAUUGUCCAAAGAGAAGUUUACAGAUGAACCAGGUUUCAUAUUAGAUGUUGAACAUGUACACCCUCCGUUGCAAAUACCAAAUGGUGCUAUUUCAAGAGCUGCUAAUCCUGUAGAUGAAACAGAAGAUGAAGCACUAAAAACACUUGAGGAGGUUAAGGAAAAAGAUGGUGUGGUCAAUUUGAAUGAGGAAUAUGAAAGAAUGCAGAAGAAUAAGGAUUCUCCGUUGAAGGAAGAGGAAAAAAACAAGGAAGUAGAACCAACAGUAUUUCAUGAGGUACAAAAUCCUUUGCUCAAAGAAAAAAAUCAAAUAAAGAAUAUACAUGAUAAGAUAAUAUCAAGCAAUUUAAAUAUUUUUGAGUUAGAAGACAAGGAUGACUUUAACCAAACAAAGGAGCAUCUUGCUAAUGAUUUUUCACAGAAGGGCCUUAAAGAUCUGCAGAUGCCAACAGGAGAGACAGAGGGCAAACACCAGAAUUCCCAUGAUUCUAAAGGUAUCUCAGAAAACACAAAUGAAGCUGUGGAGCCAGAAUACAGUGCGUCUGUUAGGAAGCUCAUUAUAAUGAAGGAAUUUCUCGAUGAAAGGCGUAUUGCACGCUUAGAAAAGCAUCUGGGGCAACAGCAAGUUUACAGGAUAGAAUCUCUGUUUCAAGACAUGGAAUUGGAGCUGCUGUUUGCUCAGAAACAUAAUGAUAAUCAUGAAGACAUUGAGAAGGCUUUGGACUUGAUUCUUGAAUCUUCAGAGUCUAAUAUUCUUGAUGUUCUGAACAGGGCUUUAGAGUCAAGGGAGAUAGAAAAUAAAGAAGAAGUGAUCAAGGAAAUGGACUUGUUUGAUGAAGAAGGUGCCAUAAUGGAUGAUGUUCAGGAAUUAAUGUAUUCAUUAAGGCAAAAAUACUCCCCAGUUAGUGAGAGUGCGCCUCUUGCAUCCUUAACAGUACCUGAGAUAGCCUUCAGUGAACCCAUCACAACUAAUGCAAAACAAACAGAACAUGACAGACAUACUGUAGAAAAUCCAGCAGAGAGCACUGAUCGAUUACACAAUGUAGAACAGAUGUCGAAAAAAGAAAUUCUUCAGCCAGAGCAGAGAAAAAAAGAUGAAAACAUUUUGGCAGAGAUUGAAACUUUGGAUAAAACAGAAAUCGGGGAUAUUGUUGAAAAUGACCAAAGAAUGCCAAAUGUGGAUACAGCUCUUGGAUCUGAAGAUUCAUCAACUGAGAGAGACUUCAUGGCAGGUUUAAUUGUGGCUAAGGAUAAUACAAUGGAAGAGGGUAGUAUUCCAUCUGAAAUGGAUGCUGUUUCAUCCCGUAUUCUUGCUUCGUUGGAUGGUGCAGUCCUAUCAGCCAAGAAAAAUAUGCGACCUUUCACAGAAAUUCUGGUUUCAACACUUCCUGAAGACAUGCGGCCUGGCCCUGAUUUCCAUGGACUUCCUUGGGAGCCCAUAGUCAUCACUGUCCUUGUAGGAAUUGCUACACUUCUUAUUUUCUUUUGGAGAACCUGCCUAUCUGUGAAAAGUAGAAUGUAUCAAGUGACAGAAAAACAACUUGUUGAAAAAAUUAAGACUCUCCUAAAAGAAAAGACAGAAAUCUUAGAAAAGAUGUCAAAGUAUGAUCAAAAGAUAAAGGAAGCAAAAGAAUCUGUGGAAGAAACCCAGAAACAAAACACAACCCUUUCAGAUGAAGCCACAGGGCUUAAGGAUACAAUCAGGGGCCUUGAAGAAACCAAUCAUCUUCUAGAUGACAGGGUAAAAAACUUAAACACCAUGCUAGAAAUGGAGAGAGAUCACAAUGUGAAGAAACAGGAACAAAUCACAGAAGCACAGAAGUCCUUAGAGAAACUCCAAGAAGUCAUUGCAUUGCAUUCUGUAGAACUUUCUGAGGUGCAGAUAGCGCUCAAUGAAACUAAAUUAAAUGAAGAAAAAGUGAAGUCUGAGCUACAUCGUAUGCAAGAAGAGAAUGCACGACUCAAGAAGAGUAAGGAGCAACUGCUCAAAGAAGCAGAAGGCUGGAGCGAGAGACAUGCUGAACUCAGUGAACAGAUAACAUUAUAUCAGAAGUCUCAGAAAGACAUUGAAGAAGCACUUGCCUACAAAGACAAUGAAAUUGAAGUUUUGACUAACUGCAUUAUGCAACUGAAGCAGCUUGAUGCAGAUUCUGAGUCAGAAGGCAAGAGGGAUGAAGGAAAUGAUCUGGCCAAUGGAGAGAUCUCAGAUACAAGGAAUGAAAAGAUGAAGAAACAGAUUAAACAGAUGAUGGAUGUUUCAAGGGUAAAAACAACAUUAUCUAUCAUUGAAGAAGAAAGAGAUAACUUACGUUCCAAGCUAAAUGAUGAAGUAGCAGCAAGGCAUGAAUUAGAAGAGCAAAUCAAGAAGCUGGAACAUGAGACCUCUUCCUUACAGACUGCAAAAUCUCAGCUAGAAGGUGAAUGUAAAACCCUGCAACAAAAAGUAGAGAUUCUCAAUGAACUUUACCAGCAGAAGGAAAUGGCCCUUCAGAAGAAGUUGACACAAGAAGAGUAUGAGCGUCAAGAGAAGGAGCAGAAGCUCUCUGCUGCAGAUGAAAAGGCUCUCCUGGCUGUUGAAGAAGUGAAACUUUACAAACAAAGAAUUCAGGAAAUGGAUGAAGAAUUGCAAAAAACAGAGCGGUCUUACAAAAAUCAGAUUGCUGCCCAUGAGAAGAAGGCCCAUGACAACUGGCUUAUAGCACGUUCUGCAGAGAGGGCUUUAAUUGAAGAAAAAAGGGAAGCUGCCAACCUGCGGCAAAAAUUAAUAGAGGUGAAUCAAAAAAUCGAUGCGAUUCAGAGACCAGUAAUUGUGAAGCCAACUGCAGGCCGGCCUGACCAUCAGGUCCCUCCUCGCAGAGGUCCAUUGAGUCGAGAUGGAUCUUUUGGGCCUUCACCUGUGAGCGGUGGAGUUCCUUCACCACCCCUGAUGAUGGAACCCCCCGGACGACCCCUCUCUGCCAAUCCAAGGGAAGGUUCAAGAGAUGCUGCUCCAGUAGAGGGCCCUCCAGUCCCAAGAAGGCAUCCUGAGCUGUCUGGAAGAAUGUCUGCUCCAGAUCUUGGUCCUGCUGUAGCAGCCCUACUCAACUGUGGCCCAAGAACAUCAUCUCCUUCCACAGUACCAGAUGGAAUGCAAUCCCCUCCCAAAGAGCAUGAAGCCCCCAGCGUUUCUGCUGUUCCAACUUCAGCUGCUGAAGCAACUGCAGUUAACAUAAGUUCUAAAGGUCCACCAUCUUUCCCGGGGGCUCCCAUGAUGUCAUCCCCAGCGUCUGGACCAUUGCCACCUCCCGUUAGAUUUGGGCCUCCACCCCGGGCACCCUAUGGACCUCGGCCUCUUCCUCUCUCCUUAGUGCGUGGAGCUCCUCCACCACCUAUUCCUAGAGACUAUCCACCUGGUCCUCCAUUUGGAAUAAGAGACUUUCCACCAGGUCCACGACUACCUCCCCCUGAACAGAGAGGAUAUCUCCGUGGACCACCACCUUUCCGACCUCCACCGCCCAGAGAUUUUCCUCCUGGUCCGCGGCUACCUCCACAAGGAUUAAGGGACUAUCCCCCUCUUCCUGUCAGAGACUUGCCACCUUCAGGAGCCAGUGAUUACCAAGGGGGGCCACCUUGCCCCCCAUCUCCAGCUAGCUCACGGGACUCAACACAUCAUCCUGAACAGAAACCAUGACUUGGGAUUUCUGGACUGAUCUCUAUCACGUUUCAUGUGGUGAGGAUUUCGAUGGCUUCAACAGAAUCAAAUCUGUUUCCUCCUUUAGACUUGGUUUCAGUGUAACUUCCCCUCCCCUCAAAAUAAUUUCUCUAGCUGUGCCCAUUUCUAUCACCUUUAAAUCAGGACUUGUUCAUCCUUUUGGGAUGCAAGUAUAAUUUUCUGUGAAGUACCCUAAAGCCUCCUCCUACAGCUGUGGCUAACCUGCAGCUCUCAACGUGCAAUAUAUGAAAGUACCUGUGUGCUUAGUUUUUAAUUAAUGUAACCUAUGUAACAAAUUGGUAAAUGACUUCAAAAUUAUAAUCUGAACAUUUCCUGUGGAAAUAGUUUUGGUAAGAAAUGCAAUCCCUUCAUAUAUAAGCUACAGUGACUGUAGACAAGUGGUUUACACAGGAUUCUAAUGCAAAUAUUUUUAAAACACCUGGUAUGCAAAGCCAGAAGCAAACUACACUGUACCGAAAGGACAAAUCUACUAAUAAAAAGCAAGAUCCCUUUUUUUGGCUA